ACAUAUAAAAGGACCGCUCUCCCUAGUUCUUGUAGUUUGGGCUGCCAUUCAAAAGAAGAAACAACCAAGAACAGAAACAACCAAAAGAUCACCAUGCUGAAGGAAGUUUGUUUUCUGUUAAUGGCCACAUACGUGGCGACAACCUAUGGCACAGGUUACCCCUCACAACCAAGCUAUCCAGCCCCGACCUACCCCAACAGUGGAUAUCGUUAUGUCGUCUACGUCCAAUACCUCUACUACUUGUACGCUGUGUACGGUCCCAACUCUGUACAAUACAUUCAGUAUUACCAAUACUUGAUCAGAUUGCACAUCAUUCCUCAAGGAUUCUCUUUUGGAUCUGGCGGAUUCCCAGGUGGAUUCCCAGGUGGUAUUGGUGGAAGUAGAAUUAUAGGGGGCGGUAGCGGCAUAACCCCAAUCGGAGGAGGAUAUAUCCCGGGUGGUGGUUUCCCAGGAAGCAGCGGAGGAUUUCCCGGCGGUAGAGGAGGAAGCUCUCUGAGUUUCUCAAGUGGAUCUGGAUUUUUCUCUGGAUCCGGAGGCGGUUUCCCAAGUGGCGGAUUUCCUAGCGGUGGAUUCCCCGGCGGACUCUCCUCCGGCGGAUUCCCCGGUUCCGGAAGCGGUUUCCCAAGUGGCGGAUUUCCUAGCGGUGGAUUCCCAGGCGGACUCUCCUCCGGUGGAUUCCCCGGUUCCGGAGGCGGUUUCCCAAGUGGCGGAUUUCCUAGCGGUGGAUUCCCAGGCGGACUCUCCUCCGGCGGAUUCCCCGGUUCUGGAAGCGGUUUCCCAAGUGGCGGACUUCCUAGCGGUGGGUUCCCAAGUGGACUCUCUUCCGGCGGAUUCCCCAGCGGAUCUUUCCCCGGAUCUGGAAGUGGUUUUCCAAGUGGUGGAUUCCCAGGCGGACUCUCCUCUAGCAGUUUUUCUAGCGGUAGUUCCUUCCUGAGCAGCGGCAGUUUAGGUGGUGGUCCUGGUGGUAUUGGAGGUGGUCCUGGAGGAAUCGGUGGAGGAAUUGGAGGAGGAAUAGGAGGAGGAAUUGGAGGAGGAAUAGGAGGAGGAAUAGGAGGCAGAAAGAAACUUGGUUUUUACUAAACUGUUCCCGGAUUGACUGAGAUGGAUUUGGCCUUGAACCUGCAUUUCAUGUGAUUUGCUUUUUUGUUAGGUUGUGGAAUAAACAAAUGACGCCCAAAU